AUGUUUGAGCUUCAGUUGCUCCGGAGACCUUUGUCUCCAAAGACGGAACCUGAACAAUAUAUCCCAAAGAGGAAAUGCGCUAAAGGUGUUCGUGAAAAAGAGGAAGAAUCUGGAAAAGAGCUUGGAGAUGUCGACAGCCAGCCGCCUCUGCCUGAAAAGAGCCAGUCCAUCUCUUUGUGCUUUCCAGAUUAUGAUUUGGGCAUCCAGAUUCCCAGCCCUCUCAAGAGAAACUUUGUUAUCCCUGCCUAUUUGAGCGGCCCCCCUAGCUUCCCAAUGCAAAACCGUCGUAUCCCUAUUCGGUUACGGCUUCCUACACUGAAAGAGUACUCAUUUCAUUUACCAUCAGAUUUAAUAGUGAGCGGUGUGAAUAUGGUAGUCUCUUCUCUCCAUUCUGUAAUCCCGAAAUCUGUCCCUAAAAAGCCGUUCAUUUCUCAAUAUAACUAUGAAGUCUUCAGUAGCCAGCUGAUUGCUAAAGAGAUGAAAGGUCCAGAGAAAGUUGCCACCAUAUUCUUAACACUGGACAAGCCUGACAGACAACUGCCAAGACAAGAAAAAAGUAGAAAGUUCAUGCUGGAUGAGGAACAGAUCAUGCUGGAUGAGGAGAAGAAAAUGAGAAGUAAAGAAAGGGAAAUGAGAAAAAAGAGCAAGUCCUAUGAAGAAGUAAAACAAGAAAUGGAUCUUUCUGAAUCAUUUGUCUCUGGAGCCGGAUACAGGACUGAAUGUCCAAUAGAUAAGGACAAUGAAUUGGUAGAAAAGGCUAAAAUGGUAGUUCUGUUCUGCAUCAUGCAUAGAAAAACUGGACUUAGUCUUAAGGUAUGCCCGCAAAAGGACAAGGUUAGCAUAUCAUGGGAAUACAAUGUCAUGAGUAGUUCAGAUCUUGAGGUGGAGGAGAAAGAAGCAGUGGCCAACAGCUUCAAAGCUUAA